AUGCCUUUCAGCAACAGAAAAUCUUCUGCAGGCGCCACUACAGAAUAUCCGAAUCCAGCAUGUUUGGUUUGAGAGGAAAUGCAGCCACUCUUCAUGGUUUUCUUCGUUUACAGGACGAUGACCCGAACUGCGACCUCACCCGAUACCUCGUCGUUCUAGUCCUCUUUCUCAUUGUCAUCGCCAUGAUCAUGUGCAUGUGCCGGUCAUUCAUGCGGCUCGUAAAUGGCAGAAGGUGAGAGCUGCUUUUUCUGAUGUGCCAGAGAAUUGCAAGCCUUGAGUGCAGAGAUACUAAAAUAUCGUAGUGAGCAUAGAACAGCUCCAUGAACAAAAGGUUGAUUUGUAAUAAACACAGAAAAUAAGAGAUAGUCGAAAAAGCAACUCACAAUGGUGAUUUUUUAUUCAAUCCAGCAGCUGACAUAACCAUCUCCAUUCAGUCCCUUUUCCAUGUUAUUAUUGCCGCCUGUUUGCCCCCCCCCCCCUUUGCUCCAUUUUCGCAUUCCCGUCGUACACCGUAGUAUGAAAUAGUACAAAAAACAAAUUUCCCUCCUUUCGCACAGACGGCGCGGUUCCGUUUUCUAUUUGCCCCGUGCUCACUUUAGUGUCAUUUUGGGAGGUGCAAUCAAAACAAAACAGGCAACCGGGGUGCUUAUCAAAAAAUACGAAUCGAUAACACAUGCCCCACUCGCACCGAUCAUUCCGUACUUGCUGAAAGAGAGAAUGUGCUUCUUCUUGCUCUGUUUUCUCGACCUGUUCAGGUAAAUCAAUGAUCCGGCUGCUAUUUCGGGUUAUCAAAAGUUGUUAUCAAAGAAAACGGAGUGAUUAUUAUUAAAUAAUUUAGAUUCUCGUGAUUUCAGAAACAGGAACCCCACGCAAACCGACACCGAUGUCAUCUAUCCGAGAGAUGGUGAGUGAAGAUAGGGGAAAGGGAAAAGUGGGGAUGAAAACGAAUGAAACAUCUAGUGAUCGUCGGGAUCUUCGAGGACACUAUCACUUCAGAUCUGCGUGAGCAUUCACAUGUUGUGCUUGUCCCUUUUUUAUUUUGUGACAGGUUUCAGUUCGUCAAUAUCUGUUUUCAGACCACAACAGUCGGAGCCAUCAAAACUUUGGAUUCAUGGAUCCCCCUCCGAGAUACGAGCAGAUCUUCAAGAGAGGGGGAGGUGCUCCGGCGGUCAUCACAACUCGAGAGGCGCCCAGUGUGACCAGGUCAUCCGGAGAUGCAGGACUCCCGCCGAGUUAUGAGCAAGCUGCCAUUGCCAUGUAAGUGAUCAGAUCCGCAAUUCUCAAUUGAACAAAAGCAUAAUGCUCCGCAAUGUUGCAUCAGCAUCUCUCUGUCAAAAUAACUCUCUUUUCAAUCUGAUAACAAUUCCAAUUGCAGGCGAUCACAAGCUGCUUCCCUUUCGCAAAACACCUUCCGAGAGGCUCCUCUGACCGCCGUCGACAUGGAGCAGUGAGUUUAAUGGAAAGGGAGAGGGUCGUUAACACUGGAAACAUCCACCGCACUAAAUGUUAGUUUGAGACUGAAACUGAUCAUUUGUAGUCCUGCAAUGCCAUCGCCUGCGUCCACCAUUCUCGACAUGGAAUCGGAAAUCGCGAACAUUCAGAAUCAUGCUCAUGCUUGUGUGCACAGAUAUGAUUCCAAUCACGCCGCUGGUCAGUUUCUCAUCUUCGACAAAUCUUUCCACCGGGUAAUCUUCCAGAAGUUGCUCGCACAGCUGCAUCUGUGGUUCCCCCUCAGUCCUCUUGUUCCGAACUUCCAGAAUUCCAGGCUCCGGAAGGUAUAGGUACUUCUUCUCUGUUCCUACCCAUCUUUCUCUUUUUCAGGAGGACCGCCCGGAUACGACGCGAUCAGCCUUGUCAACGAGAACGCCGUCUGCUCAGCCCGUUGA